AUGGUUCGUGGUAGAGGUCAGGGUGGUCCUCGCGAGGCUUUAGUUGAGGAGGUAAUGGAGAGAACGAGAUACGAUGAACUAUCACGCACGGUUGAGCAGCUCGCCGGUCAGGUAGCAACCCUGUUACAACGACAUGAGCGCCGUCAUCCUCCUAUUGAUGAGUCCAAUUCAUCUGAUGCCGAUGACGAUAAUGAUACUGAUAACCCUUUUGCUGGGCAGGAUUGUAUCGACUGGUUUUCUACUGUGGAGGAAGUUCUGGAAUUUAAGAGGGUUCCUGAUGAUCGAGUGGUUCCGCUUGUGGCUACACGCUUUCGGGGUAGGGCUGCUGUUUGGUGGCGUCAACUGAAAGCUUCCCGGAUUCAAAAAGGUAAAACUCCUAUUUCUUCCUGGGCAAGGCUUGAAAAGUGUAUGCGUUCAGCCUUUUUGCCAUUUAACUAUACCAGAGAACUGUAUAUUCGUUUACAAAACCUUCGUCAGGGUUUUCGUUCCAUUGAUGAAUAUACAAAAGAGUUCUAUGAUUUGGUCACUCGGUCAGGUAUUACAGACACCGAUGAUCAGCUUGUCUCCCGCUAUAUAGGUGGUCUACGUGAGACUUUCCAAGACACACUAAAUAUGUUUGAUUAUUUUUCUGUGUCUGAGGUUCACCAACGAGCUCUGCGUUUGGAAAAACAAUUAUCCCGUAAGUCAAUUAGAGCAGCUGUUGGCCGUCCUACUAUUACUCCUUCACAGAUUGCUUCCGCUCAACAGAAUGUUAGUACGUCUCAAAGGCCUGGUCCUAAAUGCUACCGUUGUGGUGAUCCUGGUCACUUGGCAAACGAUUGUCGUAAGGCUGGUCGACCUGGCAAAGCUUUACUUGUAGAGCCGACUGCUGCUGAUGAUAUAUUUGCUGAUGCGGAGGAGACAUCAACUGAGUUCGAUGAAGUAUUUCUGCCAGGAGACCAAGGUGACUGCUUGAUGAUUUCUCGACCAUCGUUCCUGACGCCGAAGGUUGACACUGACGAGUCAUGGCUCAGAAAGAACAUCUUCCAGACAACGUGCACCAUAGAAGGAAAAGUCUGUCGAAUGAUCAUUGACUCAGGCAGCUGUGAGAACGUGGUGUCUGAAGAGGCUGUGAGAAAACUCAAGUUAUCGACAGAGAAACAUCCUAGUCCGUACUCUCUUCACUGGCUGAGUAAAGGUUCGGAGGUAACUAUUUCCAAACGUUGUCUUGUGAAGUUUUCCAUUGGUUCUGUAUACGAGGAUGCUUUGUGGUGUGAUGUCGUGGUUAUGGAUGCUUGUCAUCUGCUAUUGGGACGACCUUGGCAAUACGACAGGGAGGUAAUUCACAAUGGUAAACUAAACACAUAUUCAUUCUUGUUCAAAUCGACUCGCGUCACGUUAGUACCUGCCAAGGAAACUGUGCACAAACCACUCUCUAAUCUGGCUUCCAAUUUUCUGUCUUGGCGUACGUUUGAGACCGAGAUGAUGGAUGAGGGUAUUGUGUUCAUCCUGUGUGGCCUUUCUCUUGCAUCUGCGUCGACUGUGGCGGUUCCGUCAUGUAUCCAGGGAGUAUUAUCGGACUUUGCAGACAUUUUUCCCGUUGACCUUCCGGAUGGGUUGCCUCCAUCUCGAGCUAUUCAGCACCGGAUAGACUUAGUACCAGGAUCGGUUCUCCCUAAUCGAGCUCAUUACCGUAUGAGCCCAAGAGAACACGAGGAACACAACGUCAGGUAG